AACACAGUCAUUCACACACACACACACACACACACACACACACACACACACACACACACACACACACACACACACACACACGUGCAGGUGGUGAUGAGCUACGGCGUAGACACAGCUGCCCUCGGCUGCUCUACACAGACGCCACCACUCUGGUACCUCCCAUUUCUGUCUCCUGUCUUGUCCUCAUGGACACCAUCUCUAAACCAGACAUCAUGGCUGCUCUUACUGUCUUGUACACCUUUUAUCACACCUGACACUUUUCUCCAGCCAUUCCAACCUGCUUCACGCUCUUCUUCGUCCCUGUUCCACUCUCUCUGUUGCUCUGGAUUGCAUGCUCUAUGUGCUUAAAGUCCUCUACUUUACUUUCUGUGACGUCACCUUUCCACCUGAGCUCCUCUCAUUUACACACAAAUUCUGUCUUACUGCAACUACUCUUCAUUCCUCUUUUUUCCAGUACAUCUCUCCACCUCUCUAGCUUUUUACCUCUCACUGCAGAUCAGUAUGUCAUCUGCAAACAUCAUAGUCUACUUCCCAAGUCAACAUUAAAACAGAUAGUCGUACAAAGAUGGUGUUUAUUCUGCUGAAGUCCGCUAGAGGCAUUACAGAACCUUAGUUAAAGAGCAAGUCACCCCCAAAUCAACAUGUUUUUUCUGAUAAACUACAUAAAUGUGUGUCUAAUCGUGCUGCAGACACGUGUUGUCAAUAGUUUUGCACUUUAGUGCAUCUUAGUCAAUUUUUAAUUUUCAGCCUGAAACUAUCUGUUGUGCCGUUGUCAGGUAAAAACUGCACUGCAGUUGAAUUUAAAUCUGCCAUCACUAUUGGCUAAGAGGUACCCUAGAAUGAUAGCUGGUACCAUAUGAUGUCACAAUGUCGUUGUGAGCCUGUGUGUGUGUGUAUUUGUUAGUGGCUCCGCCCUCUCGGUCUGCUAGACAACAGCAUUUGUUGCAUUUUUCAAACAGGAAGUGGGAGUGGAGUAAUACUCUGGUAGGGGGGGUGACUUGCCCUUUAAACCCGAGUUCUGCUUGGUUUUCCCAGGAUUCCCUCUGGAGAACUUGAUCAACCCAAGAGUCUGGUCCGGGACCACACCAACAGAAUUCUGAUGAUUCUGUUGGUUUCUGUGAUUCCUAACCAGAACACAAAAGGUUAAAGUUCAAACACACACCAUGCUUUUAUGGGAAAUGAAACCAGUAAAGUAAAAGUAAAAGCAACUGAAAAUUCAAAUGGAAACAUCAGCGAGAGGUGGAGGCGCGAGGAGGAGGAGACAACUGAAGCAGGAGGUUGGUUCUGCAUCACGCUGCAACAGGAAGCACAUAUGAAACACUCAACGUCUUUCUGAUACCACAGGAGGGGGAGGCAAAUAAGGAGGCACCGUUCAGCAGGAGAACAUCUUUGAGCUGGAUCAAUUUGUAGCAACUCCCAGCUAACGAGGAGGAGAAGAACGAGGAGUAGGUGCAGAGGAGUAGGUGGAGGAACUAAAGAGGAGUUGAAGUUCAAGGAAAAGGGAGCAACAAAGAGAAGGAAGACACAGUGUGAUCAAGAAGUCAAACGUGAUAAAAAGGAAGAGAUAAGGCAAAGAAAGUAGGCAGUUAAGAGGUGAAGGGAGUUUAUAGAAGAAAGCUAAGUAAGAGGAGCAACAGGAGGAGGUGCUGCAGCGUAAUGGAGGAGGACAUCAGGAAGCAGGGGAUGCUCUUCCUCCAGCAGCAGCGCUUUGGGAAGAAGUGGAAACGGGUUUGGUGUGUCCUGUAUCGAGAAAGUUCCUGCUCCAUCUCUAGACUGGAGUUCUUCGAGUAUAAGGAUGGAGGGAAUGUGGAGAAAAAUGACAAAACUCUACGCAAACUGCAGGAAAGCAAGAAGGUGAUCCGAAUGGCGGAUUGUAUCCGGGUGACAGAAGUGGACAUGGACGGAUGUCCCAGAGACACGGGGUCCUUCUUGGUGGAGACCACAGAGAAGAUCUAUGUGUUUGCUGUUGACAGAAACCAGCUGGACGACUGGACACACAAGCUGUGUGAAAUUGCUUUCCCUAUGAGCUGGAUGGAAGCUGGAGCCAAACGAGGGACCCUGCAGCGAGGGAACAAGGUGGACGAAGACAAAGGGAUGGAGGACAAUUCUCUCUACAGCGGUCAGGACAGAGUGCGAGAUUUCAAAGUUUGUAUUCGGAGGACAGACGCCGCUGACCGCUGCAGGCUAAAGGGGGACGGCCUCCUGCGAGCUGAUAUGGAAGCUUUGCACCUGAUGGGCAAGACGGGAGAUGUCCUGUACAGCUGGCCUUACAAGUACCUGCGGCGCUUUGGACGGGACAAGUCCACCUUCUCCUUCGAGGCGGGUCGCAGGUGCAACUCCGGAGAGGGAAGCUUUGAGUUUGACACCAAGCAGGGGAACGUCCUGUUCCAGACCGUGGAGACUGCCAUCAACCUGCAGAAGAUCUCCCUCCCCCACCGGCAGGUGUCUGGAGGAGUUCCUCCAGAAGUCACCCAGAACCACCUGGCGCCGGGCCACAGCAGGAUGCCUCAAUCGCAGCCCCGCAGCCACGUCCCACAACCCCCUGCUUUUCAGGCAGCUGAUGGAGUCUACAGCAUGGUGACCGAACCUCAGAGCCCUCAGAUGAUUCUCCACAGAGACAUGGACAGCUCCAACCCCCCCCAGCUGUCUCAGCUGGAGCCUCCGGCCGAUAAAGUCCUGACUGGAGUCAAAAGUCUGACUCUGGACACUCGAGGACUUCCCGUCCCUAGGAAGAACCAGGUCAAGAUGAUUUCCAGCUGCCCUCUACCCAGCGCUAGCCCAGAACCUGGAUCCAACCUGACCACAGGCCCCAGCUCAAACCCGACCCCUCGCCCCAAACCGAGUUCCAGCCCAAACCCGAGUCAGACGUAUUCCCACAUCGGCAUGUCUGGCGUCAUGGGAAGGGACACCAAGAAGGACAAGAGGAGCGUCAACAGAGAGCCAGAAUACUCCCUCCCCUUUGACACAAUUGCUUCCAGCGUCAUGGGUGACCUCCUCCUGGCCUCCCAGCAUGGUCUCGGUCCUGGAGGAGAAGCUGGUGCUGACCCGUUGUACGAUAGCAUUGAUGAGAUGAAGAUCAGGAACAUCUUUAAGAGCCCAGCUGACUCUAACAGCAAGGUGGAUCACAUCUACGAUGAACCUGAGGGCUGCGCCAUCCCCUCAGAGGAACAAAAGGCCACACCCCCACCAUCGGUGUAUGACAACCCCGAGGAGAUGAGAGGAGGCGCCUGGAGGUGUAUGGGUACGACCUCUGACCCUACAGGUCACGAGUACCCCUACAACCCUUGUGUAGACGACUAUGCUGUCCCUAAACGAGCCCAAAGGGCUUUUGUUUCACAACAAAGCUUCUCCAAAGAAGAAGAGGAGAAAGAGGAGGAAGAGGAGGAGGAGGAAGAGGAGGAGGAGGAGGAGGAACAAUACUCAACAUAUGAUAACGUGAUGGUAAAAAUGGGUUGACUAGGGGGAGGAGCCAAAGUUCAGACAGCCAACUAUUCAGCCUGGAAGUAUUUAUGUAAAGAUAUCGAUUGGUCCAUCAGAACAUCUGUCCAUGAGAACAUCUGUCCACCUGUCCAUGAGAACAUCUGUCCACCAGUACAUCUGUCCUUCUGUCCACCAGUACAUCUGUCCUUCUGUCCACCAGUACAUCUGUCCUUCUGUCCAUCAGAACAUCUGUCCAUGAGAACAUCUGUCCAUCUGUCCAUGAGAACAUCUGUCCAUGAGAACAUCUAUCCAUCUGUCCAUGAGAACAUCUGUCUGUGGAAACAUAUGUCCAUCUGUCCAUGAGAACAUCUGUCCAUCAGAACAUCUGUCCAUGAGAACAUCUGUCCAUCUGUCCAUGAGAACAUCUGUCCAUCU